AACAGGUUGCGACAGCUUGAUGAGGCGGAAAUUACAGGUGAAUAGACCACAACAGUGCUGACAGCAUUAUACAUAUAAUCACGGUUCCGCUGUAUCUCGAGUCUCUGAAAUGAGUAACGAUGUAACCAAGAAGAAGGGAAAGGCAGUCGGGGAGAAAAAGACUAAAAGAAAAGCCAAGAGGAGAGAGACUUAUGCAGUGUAUAUCUAUAAAGUUUUGAAGCAGGUCCAUCCUGACACUGGCAUCUCCAGCAGAGCAAUGAGCAUAAUGAAUUCCUUUGUCAACGAUGUGUUUGAGCGCAUUGCAACUGAGGCAUCUCGUCUGACCCAGUAUAACAAACGCUCAACCAUCACCAGCCGAGAGGUACAGACCGCAGUCCGACUCUUGCUACCUGGAGAGCUGGCCAAGCACGCCGUGUCAGAGGGCACCAAAGCUGUCACCAAAUACACUAGUUCAAAGUAGAAAAUGAGUGCAUCAAAUGCUGCAGGAAUGCAAUUAAGGCUAUGGAUGCACCACAAGUUUAAGUUGAUUCAUUAUUUUUGGGAAAUAAAUGCACUAUAUUGUUUUUUGGGGGGGUCCCCAUGAUUAAAUGUUUCUGCAAUUUUCAUUUUUUGCCACUAGAUGGGACCAUUACUUUAGUUAUAUUUUGCUGUCAUUUUCAGUCAGAACAUGCAUGUCAAACCCUCAUCACAACAUUGGCAACCUCCACCCAGACCCUGUGCAGGUAGCUCAAUUUAUUUAACUGCACAUAUUGUAUACAUGGGCUAUCUAAUGUAAAUGGGCUAUAAGUACAGGUGUCUGUUUUGCUCAAGCUAUAAGUAUAAAUGGAGUCUUGCAAGUUAAUGAGAUACUAUGAUACAGCAUAGUAUGUGCUGAUGUUUUGGUAGAAGAUAAUCUAGAGCAGGGUUCCCUUCCCCAUUUAGAUUUCUUUCCCUAGUGCUACACUAGUCCUUUUCGCCCCAAUAUAGAGGGCAAUUUAAUAAAAUGCUCUAUAGCAGGGGUAUUCAACUCAUACCCUAUGAGGUCUG